AAAAGAAAAUUGUCGUGAUCGUGACAACGCGAUCUUAGUCUGGAAGCUCUGGAGGAGCUUAGCAAAAGCAAAGAAAAGCUUUAACGACUCGAUUUGGUGUUCGUGGAGGAGGGAAAUGGCGUCUGAGCUCCAACAAUUGAGGUUCGACCCGCCUGAAUCCAACGCAUCCGACGAGUCCUCUGCCAAAGACGAUCGCCCACUGUUGAACCCCGAGUCUGCCGCCGUCGCCGACGACGAUUCCGACGAUCUCCACCAGAAAUAUGCUCCAUUUGUCCGACAAGAUGUUUACGGCACCAUGGGCCGAGGGGAGCUUCCGUGGAUGGAGAAGGUGCUGCUCGCAAUGGCACUCGUUACAAUCGUUCCUAUACGGGUGGUUGUUGGGAUGAGUUUGCUGGUUCUCUAUUACACGAUUUGCAGACUUUGUACGUUAUUUCACGAUCCGAAUAGGGAGACGGACGAGCAGGAGGACUACGCGCAUAUGGUAGGAUGGAGGAGGUCCGUGAUUGUUUGGACCGGAAGAUUUCUGUCUAGAGCCAUGUUAUUCGUGUUAGGGUUUUAUUGGAUUUCGGAAGUUUAUCGAAUCCCGCCUAACGAGGACAAGUCAACUGACGAGAAUGAGGGGCAAGAGAAGUCUCGAGAGUCUGAAAGACCCGGGGCUAUUAUCAGCAACCAUGUAUCAUAUUUGGAUAUUUUGUAUCAUAUGUCUUCUUCCUUUCCAAGCUUCGUUGCUAAGAGAUCAGUGGCUAAACUUCCUCUAGUUGGUAUUAUCAGCAAAUGCCUUGGCUGUGUCUAUGUUCAACGGGAGUCAAAGACAUCUGAAUCUAAGGGUGUUUCAGGUGUUGUGAGUGAAAGAAUUCGAGAAGCUGUGAAGAAUAGCUCUGCUCCCAUGAUGAUGCUUUUUCCAGAAGGAACAACUACCAAUGGGGAGUAUCUCCUGCCAUUCAAAACGGGUGCCUUUUUGUCGAAAGCUCCUGUCCUUCCAUAUAUUUUAAGAUAUCCGUAUCAGAGAUUUAGUUUGGCCUGGGAAUCAAUAACAGGAGGCCGUCAUUUUUUACUUCUUCUCUGUCAAUUUGUAAAUCACAUGGAGGUAAUAAGAUUGCCUGUCUACGUCCCAUCAGCAGAAGAAAAGGAUGAUCCGAAGCUAUAUGCUAAUAAUAUCAGAAGAUUGAUGGCGAAAGAGGGAAAUAUGAUGCUUUCGGAUAUUGGGCUCCCAGAGAAGCGUGUUUAUCUUGCUGCUCUGAAUGGUAUACCACGCCAAUGCUAAUUUGGGAUGUCAUCUUCUGUAAAUUCUUGUAGAUGAUAAUUAUAUGGAAAACACCAUCACCACCACCACCACCAUGUGCAAGCAUUCAUUAACUAAUAUCGUCUCAAAUAAACUUCUUUGUAUGAUUCUUUUUGGGAACUUCAAUUUUGCUGAGUAGCUUGUGUGCAUACGUGUGGGUCUCAUCUCUCAUCAAAUUUAGGGUUUCUAGUUUUGCUGAGGAUUCAGUUCACGUGUGAAUCUCACCAAAAUUUGCUUGAGAGUCAUUGACAUCCUGCAGGCUGAGCUUCUGUCACAAGACAAAGGGUGGUUUAUGAUCAUGAAAUGCUGCUGCCUGUGCGAAAUAUCGUUGUCGGGUUUUGACCCUUUACUCCAUUAGAGACACCGUGUUUGAUUCAGUUAACUUUUUCUAUAUAAACAUUCUCUAUCAUGAAUUCUAUGUUGUUAUUUACCAAAAUGUAGUGAUAGUAAAGGAAAUCAUAGGUUGAAAAUUGAGCCAAGUUUAACUUAA